UCGUGUACAGAGGUUGCACGUUAACCACUCUAACGUACGUAGGGGAUAAUGAUGAUACUCCAUAUUAAGCGUACACAAGUCUGCAGUCGUUCCUGUGGAUCAGUGCGUAUCCUCUGGACAGUUUUCUGGGUGAUCUGUACAGCGCUUAUAAAGUUUAGCAUUUGUAAAAUUCAUCUGGGUGAUUUUACAAAUUCAUCCCAAAAAGUCAAAGUGGCGGUUAUGAUAUCCGUUUCGGGGAGGAAUCAAGUAGUGAUGCCGGCAUUUGAUAUUGCUUGGAGGAAAAAUGCUGAAUUGUACCCGUAUAUUGAUUUCGUUCGGAUGACGAUUGAGAGUCCGUUGGAGCACGCGGGCGACUGCGACUAUUUUGUCAGUCAAAUCGGGGAUCGUCUAGGGCAAUACUUUGGCAUGAGCAAGACGGAAGAGGACCAAUAUUUGUGCUUCCUCAUGAUGACCUAUGGUUGCACAGCUGGGGUGAAGGAACAGGCAGCUUUUGCGAGAGAGUGGUCUUCACUGAUGGUGUCCAGCGGUGGAAUGGGCAGCGCGUUGUCAGAUAAAACCAUAUAUCCGACCCUGAUCCGAUUCACGGCAGCUUUAACGGAAGAAUAUGCAAUAUGUUACAAAAAACUUUUGGAAUAUUACAAAUGGACUCAUGUGACAAUGCUGUGUGAUGCGGAUGAUCAGAUCAAUACCGCCGUCGACGUAUGGAUUCCCCAAGAAUGUCCCGAUUUUCGGACGGCAAUGUAUAUUUUAAAAGCCGAGUCAGGUUAUCAUGUGACUGAUCUUGUGGUAAAUCUCACCGAUCCUGACUCGCGCGUACAGUCGCUGAUAAAAGCCAGAGGAUACAGUUCAGUAAUUGUCAUCAUGGCACACAUGGACAAAGUGCGUGCUACCUUACUGACUGCAUGGGAUCUGGGUAUGAUCAAUAAUAAUUUUGUGUAUAUCAGUUUUGCUCCGUUUCCCGAUGAUGCGCUUAGCAGAGGAAAAUGGGGUUGGCAAAGAAACGAUUCUCACGACGAGACUGCAAGGUUGGCUUACCAGUCGCUGUUGUUCGUAUCACUGAGCCGACUACGAGCAACGCCGGAGACGCACAGCUUCUUUGCCGAGAUUGAAAACGUAUCCCGCCAAAUGUACAACAUAACUGCUAACUUGAACAAUCAACAGGAUCAGCGCAGCGCUGUGAACUGUUUUCUCAAUGCCCAAACCACUGCUCAGAUUGUAGAUGAAGCAAUUCGUUCAAGGAGAGAUUGUGAAGAUGGAUUGGCAUUAUACCAACGCAUGGUCAAUGGCAGUUAUCGUUCUUUUGAUAAUACGUUGGUGCAUAUUAAUUCUAACGGAGAUAAAAACGAUGUGUACGCUAUUUGGGGGUAUGUCAAUGGAUCGGACAAUUUGGAGGAAAUUUUCCUCUACGACUCAUAUAACAACAGUAUUUUCCCGGUGAAUGACGUUCAGUGGAUUCGCAGCGGUUCUAUUCCCAGCAGUCAGCCACUUUGCGAAUAUGCAGCAGGAAGCGCGAACUGCCAGCAGAACCGCGGUGCACCAAAUGUUCUACAAAUUUGUUUGUACGUGGUAAUUCCACUAAUCGCCGUAACAGCCGCUGCUACUGGAGGUUUUUUAAGAUACCGGCACGUGAAAUCCAAAGCGUCUCAAGCAUGGCUGCUACCGCAUACGGAAAUAAAUUACCGUUCACCAUCAGACUCUCACUUCAGACGCAGCUCCGUCGGAAAAGACAACACAAAACCCGCAGUAGUACGGUUACAAUCAAGAAAGUAUUCGACUUCUAGGACUGUGGCGGAAUCAGAGAGACGGAAAGAACAUUUGGUCAUAUUUAAAGGCAACCCGGUCUGGAUUAAAAGCUACAAUUACUCGCAAACGGGAAGCAAAUUAAAUCCUUCCAAACACGAACAACAGCAAUUAUACCAUAGGAAGCAUAUAGCCCAUCAAAACAUUGUGCAGUUUUAUGGUGUCGUGAUGCAUGCCAGCCAUUUCGAGAUUGUUAUGGAACUAGCUGUUAAAGGGUCACUGCAAGAUUUCUACCACAUGGAAACAACUCACGCCAAAAUAGAAAUCAAAUACUCCUUUAUUAACGAUUUGGUCAAGGGGUUAAGUUUCAUCCAUUCUUCGACCUUUAAUAUCCAUGGACAUCUCAGCUCCAGAAAUUGCCUUAUUGAUAAAUAUUUGACUCUAAAGCUAAGCGAUUUUGGCUUGGAUUGCAUUACGAACAAUGCUAAAAAGAUGAACGCAGAAGAAUCCCAUGUGGCGAGGUUGUUAUACCUUGCUCCGGAAAUUUUGCGAUCGGGCAGCACAAAGGUCACCACAAAAGCCGCUGAGAUUUACACAUUCGCCAUUUUAUUACAUCAAAUCCUUUUUGAGUGCCGUCCGUUUGGACUGACCUUUCCAUAUCACGAUAGCACCGCUAGCGACGAUGAACAUAUGGAUGAAUUUUCUGUUUCUACCUUAGUCAACGUGACAGUGGAAAAGAUAAAAUCAUUUCACGUCCCGCCUUGCCGUCCUUUCAUCCCCGAUGGCUGCCCUAAAGGUCUCAAAGCGCUAAUGGAUAGCUGCUGGACCGACGCACCACAAACGCGCCCGUCUAUGCUAACGAUAAACAAAAUUAUCCUGACGAUUCCUGGAUUACAAAAGCCGAUAUCGUACACCCAAGCUAUAAUGGACCGCCUUGAGUCGUUUGCUGACGAGCUGGCCCAUGAGGUGCACCAUCGAACACAAGAGUACAUCGAUGAGAAGAAAAAGGCAGACGAUAUUUUGCACGAAAUUAUUCCGAAGUCAAUCGUGGAUAAACUCCACCGGGGCGAAGAUGUCCCACCGGAAGUGUUCGACGAAGUUACUAUUGGUUUUACCGCCAUCACGAAUUUCCCCGUCAUUCUGUCAACAAGCCAGCCACUGGAAGUGGGAGCUUUUCUCAAUGCCGCAUUUAACUUACUGGACAGUAUUAUUCGGAUGUUUAAUGUUUAUAAAGUGGAAACUAUAGCGGAUACUUAUAUGGUGGUCAGCGGUCUUCCGGACCGGAAUGGGCACCAGCAUUCGGCCGAGAUAUCCAGAAUGGCUUUGUGCAUGCUGGAGCGAUGCGAGCAACUUUGUCUGCGGGCAGGAAAACAACAUGGCUCUUUACUGCUCAAGAUCGGCAUGCAUUCCGGAUCUUGUGCUGCGGCGAUAAUUGGAACAAAAAUGCCUCGUUAUUGCCUAUUUGGCGAUACCGUAAACACAGCCUCUCGCAUGGUAUCGUUUGGUGAAGCCCUAAAAGUUCAUGUCUCCGCCGACUCGAUGCAGCAUAUAUCUGCGCAUCACGCCGGGAAAUUUGUCUUAACUGAACGAGGUGUAUUACAAAUCAAGGGCAAAGGUGAUAUGGUGACAUAUUGGCUCAGUGUCCACCAAUGGUCUUCUGACUCUGGACGCUAAAAUGACGAUGGUUGAAACAGACUCCCACGCAGCACUUAAAGCAAUUUUCCGCAAAAAUAAGAAGUGGUUUUGUCCAUACGGUCCAUACCUGAUCGCUAUGAGGAGGCAUGUAGAAUUCCUAUGGGCAUUCUAAAGGAAUGUAUUUUGAUACGGACACAAUUGAAUUUGAUGUGUACCAUAAUAUUAUUACUUUCUGGAAAU